AUGGUUCAUCUAUCUCAGAUCAAAAAGGACAAGAAUAUUGACAAGCCUCUCGUCGAGGGCCUGGAGAAGCUUGACAUUGACUCCAGCAGCCAAUCCGACUUGUUCACGACCAGCGUCUACGGCUCAAAAUUCGCUGCAGAGGAUCUUCCCAAGCAUGAGAUGCCAGACACCGAGAUGCCCAAGGAGGUGGCCUACCGAAUGAUCAAGGAUGAUCUAUCUCUCGAUGGAAACCCAAUGCUCAACUUAGCUUCCUUUGUUACCACCUACAUGGAGAAAGAAGUCGAAGACCUCAUGACCGAAGCCUUUUCCAAGAACUUCAUCGACUACGAAGAAUACCCUCAAUCGGCCGACAUCCAGAACCGCUGCGUCAGCAUGAUUGGCCGUCUCUUCCAUGCCCCCGUCGAUGAUGAGGGCGCGGCCUCGGUCGGUACAUCUACAGUAGGAUCCUCGGAAGCUAUUAUGCUUGGGGUCCUUGCAAUGAAGAAGCGCUGGAAGAAUGCACGCAUCGCAGCUGGCAAGCCUUUUGACAAGCCAAAUAUAGUUAUGUCCUCUGCUGUGCAAGUUUGCUGGGAGAAGGCUGCUCGAUACUUUGAAGUUGAGGAGAAAUACGUCUACUGUACGCCAGACCGAUAUGUGAUUGAUCCCGAGGAGACGGUCAAUCUUGUAGAUGAGAACACCAUUGGUAUUUGCGUGAUUCUGGGCACAACUUAUACGGGAGAAUAUGAGGAUGCGAAGGCUGUCAAUGAUUUGCUGAUCGAGAGAAAUAUUGAUACGGUUAUUCACAUCGAUGCUGCUUCUGGUGGAUUUGUCGCUCCAUUCGUCGUUCCUGAUCUCGAGUGGGAUUUCAGACUUGAGAAGGUCGUUUCGAUUAACACUUCUGGUCACAAGUAUGGUCUCGUAUACCCAGGUGUAGGAUGGAUCAUCUGGAGGCAACCAGAGUACCUCCCCAAAGAACUUGUGUUCAACAUCAACUACCUCGGUGCAGACCAAGCGUCUUUCACCCUGAACUUCUCCAAGGGCGCUUCGCAAGUCAUUGGCCAGUACUACCAACUCAUCCGCCUUGGCAAGCACGGCUACCGCGCUAUCAUGGGCAACCUCACCCGUACCGCCGAUUACCUUUCUGGUUCUCUGGAGCAAUUGGGUUUUAUCAUCAUGUCCCAAACGAACGGCAAGGGUCUGCCUCUUGUGGCUUUCCGUCUUGACGAGAAAGCCAAUAAACACUACGACGAAUUCGCACUUGCUCAUCAAUUACGCCAGCGCUCUUGGGUCGUCCCAGCUUACACCAUGGCUCCUAAUACCAAAGACCUGAAGAUGUUGAGAGUAGUCGUCCGAGAAGACUUCUCCAAGUCACGAUGUGAUCAAUUGCUCGAUGAUAUCAAGUUGUGCAUGCAAGUCCUAGAUGCUAUGGACCCGAAGGAUAUUGAGAAGCACAACAAGCUUAUCAAGAGUGUCACUCACUCGGGCAAGAAUAAGCAUGGCUCGUCUCAUUAUAAGAAUGAGAAGCAUAGCUUACAGGGGAAGACUGGCAAGACACAUGCCAUUUGCUAA